UGUCCUUAGAUGUGCCUUCGUGUUAUUGCUGCUUUAGCGCAAUAUCGCGUUACCCAGAUAUCAAUACUCAAUUUUCCUUCACGCGCGGCAUAUAUCUCGGUACUGGUCGAAUCAAAGUUCUGUUAAAAGAAACCGUCUGACAUUCAGUGGCAAAUGUGAGGCAAAAGUCUAAGCAAUGCCUGGACAUUCUUAUUAUUGUUUGGUCUUUAACGAACAUUCCAACUUUCAACAUAGAAUAUGUAUGCGUAUGCUGAAUACAUAUUCUAUGUUGCAAGUUUAAGUAUUCAGGAUUGAAGAGCAGAAUGAUGAGAAUGUUGAGGAUUAAGUGCAUGUCCGGGUAUCAGUAUUUUUGCCGUAAUUUUGGAGAGAUUCACCCGAAAUUGAGCGGAGAAUCCGUCAUCAGUGAAUUAGAAAUGCGCAAAGUGACACGACAUACAUCCAAUCGCGCUAAGAAUGUAUUCCAAGUGCAACCAGAAUACGUGCAACUAAACCCAGCCUUUCGAGAUUAUGCAGAGAGAAGUGCACGUGUCGAUGAAGUGUUGAGAGAAUGGAAAGCAGGUGGAAAAUUCAUAACACUACGUGGCUGGAGGGAGGAAUGUCAUGAAGUUCAAGCUCAGUUUAAUACCAUCCCACUGCUUAAGAUGGAUCGCUCAGCCACAUGCUUAUUCGGCAUUCGGAAAUACGGAGUGAAUAUAAAUGGUUAUGUAAUGGAUCCUGUCAAAGGUUUGUCAAUAUGGUUACAAAAGCGUAGUCCUAACAAACAAACGUGGCCGGCAUACUGGGACAGCGUGGUGAGCGGCGGAUUGACUGUUGGUUAUGGCAUAAACGAAACCGCGAUAAAAGAGGCAUUCAAAGAAGCUAGAAUUCCGAAUAAUCUUAUUGCUAAGCUCAAGAGCGCCGGUUGCGUGUCGUUCUUUUUCGAGAGUGAGAGGGGUCUGUUUCCUAAUACGGAAUUCGUAUAUGAUCUUGAACUGCCACCGGAUUUCAUACCGAGUAAUAGCGACGGAGAAGUAGAAACCUUCGAGUUACUACCCGUUAGUGAAUGCUUAGAGAGGAUACUCUCCCCACACUUCAAGACUACGUCUGUACCGAUCGCCCUUGACUUCUUAAUUAGACACGGAUACAUCACAGCGGAGAAUGAUAAGGCGUCAUUUUCCUUUUUUAUCGUAUCUCGUGUUUCACUCUCUCUCUCUCUCUCUCUCUCUCUCUCUCUCUCUCUUUCUCGGCUCACCUUAUAUGUGCGCUUGUGUAGCUGCACGUACGGCGCCCCGCGCUGCCUCGAAUUUUCAAUCUGCGCCAGCCACGGCACGUCCGCCGAACGAUACCCGCCGGUCUACGAGGAACGACGACAGGUCCGGAUCAUUAUCGGUAUCGGGAUAUAUCCAUCGAUGGAUCAACCGCCGACGGAUAGCCGGACCGCCCGGCACGGGGAGAUGAGCGUCGCGCUCGCAUACGUAUGCAUCGGUGCGCGCGAUUCACGGGACGACGCGGUGUAAUAGACGAUAUAAUCGGCAUCCUAUGCGUGUAGCACCGUGUACAUACAACGGAUUGUCUAAUGCGGAACAUGUGUUAGGUGAUCGAAUUCUGAUGCUGCGCGAAUUUCGUCGCUGAGAGAGAGGCGCGCCCCUUCCCGUCCCCCGCUAUCGUUUUAUGUGGAUGUUUAGGAGUGAUUCUUUUUACGCGGAUUUUCACAAAACAGAAUCACUGUUGCGCGCACGAUAAUACGAACGACCGUGGAAAGUCGAAUUUUAAUUCACGGGAGACGAUCUCGAUUCACACGCUCAUAACACGUAAUUGUAACAUUAAUACGUAACAUUAAUACGCAAUGUAUGUAUCAUCGAUUGGUGUUAUUAUCGAAAUAUUCAGUCCUAGCAGAAUUAUUACGUGUACACGCAUUAGUGUAAAAUAUGCGAUGUCCAUUAAUUAUCGCGGUCGCCGCGAGACAAAAAUUGCAACGAGCACGAUAUGCAAAUUCGCACCGCGCGUUUAAUAUAAUUCUCCGAAUGUGUCUGCGUAUCGCGACGAAAAUUUGCGUUUUCUCACGAGAAAAACAAUUGAUGCGCGUUUUAGCGGUAUUGCGAAGCUUUGUCGGAUCUUUCGGAAAAUAGGUAAGACGAGAAAUAUUUUAUUAAGCACAUAUUUUAUUGAGCAACAUUUUAUUAAGCGCGAGGCUUUAAUUACGUUGUUGUUCUGAUUUUCGUUAUAUGCAAAAAGGUCUAGGAAAAUUGAGAUUAUUGUAAUUAAAAAAGGAAACCUUUCAUUA